AAAUAUGAUUGCAGUUUUGUGAGGUCAAGUACUAGUUAAACACAUGGUGUAAAUAAUUCAAAACGUGCACAUGUUCUUAUUUGGUACACACAUACGCAGGAGCGAAUUCUAUUGCAGAAGAAAAAAAGGCAUUUGCGACGUAAAAGGAAAAUAGAAAAAUUCAAUUACAAUUUGGCAAUCAAAGCAAACUGUUGCCUGGGCUUGGAAAUGAGUUUUCAGUGCUUAGAAGAUUUGAAGGGAAAACCAAUAGCUUCCCAACUGGGACAAGUCACGACAGUAACCACGGAAUAUUGAUAUUAUUUAAAUUAAUGCUGGGUAAAGAUCGGCGCUGGACGUGCCGGACAUACCGAGGUAAACCACUGGUGGAGUAACUAUUUGUUUGUGAGCAUUUGGUGCUAAUGGUGAUGAAUUGUAAAGACCAAUGGAAAUAAAGUUUAUUAUCCCGUGGGUUUCAUAUAUGCACAUAGCGCACAAUAAAAAUGCAAUUGUCAUUUUACGCAAAAAAGGGUGUAUCGUCAUUCAAAAAUUAAAACAAAAGUUGUGAACAAAGGGAAAUAUGAGUGUUAGUGUAUACAUGUAAGGUUGUUUGCAGAGAGGAUAUAAAAUAUAGACCUCCCGUGUAGAACGUACAUUUGCAAGUACUAGUGGACGCGGGGCGUGCGGCCGGAGGCACGGCCCAAUUAUGUCGGUACAGUCAAUCUCGCUACAGGUGCCAAAGGUGAAGAAACGGAGAUGGGGAAAACCCAAGCCCGGAGAAAGCCUCAAGAUGCUGGCUGCAGGGUCUCUGGCGUUCGCGAAGGCGUAUAGUUCGGUCGAAAAACUGGAACACGAACUGGAGGCCGAGAUACAGCGGGACAAGGAGAACGACCCCAACAGGGGCACGGGCAUACAGAAGUGGCGGAGGCGGGGCGGUAAGCUGCUGCUGAACAAGUACGUGUUGCUAGUGAUUGUUGUCCUCAACAUCAUCGACUGCGCUCUCGUGCUCGGAGAACUCAUCCUAGACCUCCACCACGUCAAAGACAUCCUGUUUGAAUCACAGCAAUCCUCCGCUUCGUUCCUGGAGCAGCUUCAGCUGCAGUACCCGUCCGAGUUCUCCUCCCAUCGGGCAAGCCAUAUCGAGCACGUCUACGACAAGAUUCUGGAGGCUUGGCUCGUCUGGCGGCACGGCGCCAACGGAUCCUUCACCGGGGCCGGCGGGGGAGGGAACAACAACACACAGUUUAUUGGCAGGAACAAUUCCACCAGAUACCAUAGUGGCAAUAUGGUUUUCCAGGACCAAAGAAAUCAAAGUGGAUCACUGGCGACAUGGCACACAGUUAAAGACGUUGAGGAUGAAUCAGUUUUGAAACUCGUAGGGUUUAUCUUCCAUAAAAUCAGCCUUUCCAUAAGUGUAAUACUUGUUUUGUGGGUAUUGAUGAAAAUUGUUUGUUUUGGAAGUCAUCUCCUUCACCGGCGAUUGGAGGUGUUUGACACAUUUGUUAUCCUGACCUCGUUUGUUGUGGACAUGAUCUUCGUGAAGGGCCUGUCCAUGUACACGUUAAAGCAGUUUGUCUACAUCCUCGCCUUUAUGCUCCCCUGGAGGGUGAUAAGGGUAACCAACAGUUUGGUAGUGGCUGUAAAGGAUCACGAACACUUCCGACUGAAAAUGUUGUUUACACAGAAAAAGAAAAUAGAGCAUGACAACAAACAGAUUCGCGCAGAACGUGACAGUUAUAAGGAGCAAGUAGAGGCGCUGAAGAAGUUAUGUCUCAGUGAAGGCAUCGACGACUGGAAGAUCUUCCAGAGCCUAGCCCGGCAACAAAUUCGACCAGGCAGUAAAGGAGUAAUGGGCUCAUUUGCAAGCUUGGCGUUUGGGGCAUUCGGAAACAAAUCGACAAGUUUCUGGUCUGUUUUGGAUACACCUAAAAUGCGAAGAGGGAAGUCAAUGGAAGUUGUUGCCCAAAAUAGAAUAAAUAAUAGCGAAACAAAUGUGCAAAACCAAAAGAGGCAUAGUAAAGCUAAAAUUCUUGGGUUUCUCGGAUCAUCAGCGGACUAUCUGCGUGGGAAAAUAAGAAACGGUCACCAUCUCUCUCUGGAUAGUGAUCCAGGCCCUCUUAAAGCCAACACGUCUUUACAUCAAAACGGCCAUAUCGGUAAAAGGUUAGUGAGGGGGGAAACGAUAGACACAGUGUCUACGGAGUCUAAUGAUGAUUUAACGGAACGCCAGUGCAGUACGGACGACUAUCCAAAACAGAGCACUAUAGAAUCUAGUGUUUUUGGGGGCUCUUUAUCACCCUCCCUUAUUGUCAAUGAAGGUUCUAUGCAAAUGUUCAGAACACAGAGUGAUAGCGCAACCGCUCGACCUCCGCUCUGUCAUAGUAGUUGUUUGCAGGAAACUUCCUGCUCGAUUGAACAUCCCGUGGAACAACAACCCAAACGCCGAGCCUCUGUAGGGGCCAUGGACUCGCUCACAGUCACCUACCGAGCUGACUAUUGUCGUUCUUCUUCUGAUGAUGUGUUUAGAAAUGAAACCAGUGAAGUUUAA